AUGAUUGGUUCGGACGAUCAAAUCAAAGAGGCUUCUACAAAAUUUUGUGAGCAUUAUUCUGAGGACAUUGAGCAUGAAUUCAUACACGAGAUGGGUUGGCUUAACAAAGAUGAUCAAACUGAUUUCAAUUUAGAUAUCAGUAAACUGAAUUGGAUAAGUUAUUUCAGUGAUUUAACAUUAGGAGCUAGAAUAUUUUUGAACAAAGAUCCUAUAAAAACUCUCACAGUAGCUAGAGGGAAGGAUACUAUUUUAUACGCUAUUCACUUGGCUUGGCAAGCAAUGCUUUUUUCAUUGUGCUGGUACGUUUACGCUUGCCUUACUGGACAAACAAUGUAUUCAUCUGUUCUGAUUGUACCAAUAUUCUCAAAGGUGAAAGCAAUAGCUGGUGAUGUGAGUCAGGACAAAUUGGGAAUUUCACCAGCGGAUCAACAUAUUCUGACAGAAAACGUGAAUGUCAUAUUUCAUUCAGCUGCCACUUUAGAUUUCGGUGAUACCCUUAAAACUACGGUAGACAUCAAUUUGUUAGGAACGAGAAGAGUAAUCGAUUUGGCCAAAGAAUGUAGAAAUCUAGCAGCUUUCGUACACGUCAGUAGUGCUUAUGUCAAUGCUUGGAGAAAAGAAGCUGAUGAGAUUGUUUAUCCCUUAUCAAAAGAUGCUGAAGAAAUAAUAGGUCUGGUUAACAAACUCAGCCCUGAAGAAUUGAUAACAGAAACUCCUCGAAUAUUGGGAGAUCAUCCAAAUACAUACACUAUAACCAAACACUUGGCUGAACUCGAAGUUCAAAAAUGUGAAAAGAUAUUUCCCUGUGCUAUAGUUCGACCUAGCAUGAUAGUUGGAUCUCUAAAAGAGCCUGUACCUGGGUGGACAAUUAGUAAAAAUGGACCUCAAGGAUUUUUUAUGGGUGCAGCAAAAGGAGUAAUCCGAAGAUUGCCUACCAGAACAGAUAUAAUUUAUGACUACAUACCAGUUGAUAUUGUUGUAAACAACUUAUUAGCAGCCGGUUUUUAUGUAGGUCAAACAAAACCUCCUAAUGUGGCAGUUUACCAUGCAACAUCAAGUACAAGAAAUUCAUUCCGUUGGGGAUUAGUGGAACACAAAAUCAAUGACUACUUACAUCAGUAUCCUCUGAAGAAUGCAGUUUGGUAUCCAUAUCUGAAAUUUAUUCCAUCAUUAACUUGGUUCAAAAUAUCGGCAUUGUUUGUCCAUUUCUUUCCUGCUAUAAUUUUGGACACUGUUACCCGUCUCACUGGAGGUCGUCCUAUUUUGAUGAAACUACACAGAAAUGUAAAUUCUUCACUUGAUAUGUUGGAGAAAUUCAUUUUUUCAGAAUGGAAAUUUUCCGCAACCAAAACUACUGCCUUGCAGGGUUGGCUUAACAAAGAUGAUCAAACUGAUUUCAAUUUAGAUAUCAGUAAACUGAAUUGGAUAAGUUAUUUCAGUGAUUUAACAUUAGGAGCUAGAAUAUUUUUGAACAAAGAUCCUAUAAAAACUCUCACAGUAGCUAGAGGGAAGGAUACUAUUUUAUACGCUAUUCACUUGGCUUGGCAAGCAAUGCUUUUUUCAUUGUGCUGGUACGUUUACGCUUGCCUUACUGGACAAACAAUGUAUUCAUCUGUUCUGAUUGUACCAGUAUUCUUAUUUUUAUUCAAUAUGUUGUAAUAUGUAAUAUGGUUCAUAAUAUUAGUGGCAAGGACUAAUAUUUAGCAAGGUAUCAUAUUUAAUAUUUUCAGAUCUGAUAUUUUUGUAUCUUAGGAUCAUCCCUAUAUUUGUUCGUACGUAUUGUUAAAAUUAGAUAUUUGUUUGAUAAA